AAUAGUUUAACAAAAAUUUUUUAACAAAAUUUUUAAAAGCAGAAAAGGAUGAACAAGAACAAAAACAAGAAAACACAGAGAACAAACAAGAUAGAAAAGCUAAGUGUAGUCAUAUCAAUAAUUACUUCAAAAAUAUAGUUUUGGUAGUACUGGGCUUCAUACAUGGUAGGCAAGUGCUCUACUACAGAGCUGCUCAUUCAACCCGAAUUUUAUUUUAUUUUGUUUUUUUUUAACCCCAAUUUUAAAUAUUAAUGGGUCAAAUAUUCCAGUUAAAAGACAGGGAUUAACAAAAUAGAAUCAAAACAUAAGAAUUUGGCAUAGUAAACCUGUUUUGCUGGAAAUUUCAUCUUCUUUGCAGCUCAGCUACUCUGUUGAUUAAGUCCUAAGCCUUGUUCUCAACUUUAUCUACCUUUCUACCUCAGGAGAAAGUAGUGCUUUUUAUGCACUACCAAAGAGGCUCUCUGACUGUCAUCAUUAAUUUUUUUUCUUUAAACAGUCUUGCUCUGUAGCCCAGGCUGCCCUCAAACUCACAGCGAUCUUCCUGCCUCAGUCUCCUGAGUGCUGAUUACAGGCAUGUGCUAUGUCAGGGCUGAGCCUCCCAGCUGGCACCAGGAGGGGUCCAUAUCCUGUGAGGGUCCCCUCAGAAAACACGAAGAGUCGAGAUCCAUGAAAUCAGCAGGAGCAGGUGUGCAGACCAGUGUACAUCACUGCUAACAGUUUCCUAAUCAGGGUGCAGAGCAGCAUACAUCACCACUGUUUCUUAUUCAGAGAAUACCAACUCUUGGCUCCUUUCUACAGUUGUGACCAAAAGCCAAUAAAGUGCUUCCACUUCCCUUGCUUUUAUCAUAAACUCCAGCCAAACACCUAAGAAUUGGACAAGCCAGCUCCCAGUAUUAUAGAUAGGAAUUCUAGCCACAGAUAUGCUUCAUCCCAGGAAUUCUGCCCCGCAUCACCUCACCAAGCAGUUAUUACAGCAAUACCAAAAGGAAGUGAGACCAGUUCACAACUGGGGUGAGCCCACCACUGUCUACCUGGACUUAUUUGUCCAUGCUGUGCUGGAUGUGGAUGUACAGAAUCAAAAAUUAAAGACAAGUGUUUGGUACCAUGAGGUUUGGUAUGAUGAGUUUUUAUCCUGGAACUCCAGCAUGUUUGAUGAGAUUAGAGAGAUCUCUCUACCUCUCAGUGCCAUCUGGACCCCUGAUAUCAUCAUUAAUGAGUUUGUGGACACUGAAAGAUCUCCUGACCUUCCCUAUGUUUAUGUGAACUCCUCUGGGACCAUUAAGAACUUUAAGCCUAUCCAGGUGGUGUCUGCCUGCAGCUUACAGACAUAUGCUUUUCCGUUUGAUAUCCAGAAUUGCAGCCUAACCUUCAAUAGCAUUCUGCACACAGUGGAAGAUAUAGACCUGGGCUUUCUGAGGAACAGAGAAGACAUUAAGCAUGACAAAAAAGCAUUUUUGAAUGACAGUGAAUGGGAACUGCUUUCUGUGUCCUCAACAUACAACAUCCUGCAGAGAAGUGCUGGAGAUUUUGCACAGAUUCAGUUUAAUGUGGUGAUUCGAAGACGCCCCCUGGCCUAUGUCGUGAGCCUGCUGAUUCCCAGCAUCUUCCUAAUGCUUAUGGACCUGGGGAGCUUCUACCUUCCACCCAACUGCCGGGCAAGGAUUAUAUUCAAGACCAGUGUGCUGGUGGGCUACACUGUCUUCAGGGUCAACAUGGCUAACGAGGUGCCAAGGAGCACAGGGAAUACCUCUUUGAUUGGUGUAUUCUUCACAGUCUGCAUGGCCUUCUUGGUUCUCAGCUUAUCUAAAUCAGUCCUCUUGGUCAAAUUCCUCCACAACGGACAGUGCAGUGGGUGGGAACAGCCCCUCUUGUGUCUUCAAAGGGAUGCCGAUGCUGAUGAACCUAGAGUGGACCCCCGGGCCCAGUGUGCUGGGGUAACAGAGUCCCCAAGUUAUCAAGACCAGCAGGCCCAGCCAGGGACCCUAAAGGAAGUCUGGUUCCAGCUUCGAUCCAUCAACAACUACCUCCAAACCCAGGACCAGAUGGACCAGCAAGAUGUUGAGUGGCUGGCUCUCCUGUACCGCUUUGACCAACUGCUCUUCCGAAGCUACCUUGUCAUGCUGGGGCUCUAUACUGUCACCUUGUGUUCUCUCUGGGUUCUGUGGAGUGGCUUGUGAAAACUGAAACCGCUGGGCUUAAUCACCAUGCUGUCAUAGCACCUAGGGCAGCUGAAAAUAUUUCUGAGGGGAGACAGAAGGGGGAGCAAUGGUGGUUAAGUUUAAAAGCUUCCCACCCACCUCCUUUGCCUCUUUUCAUUGAGUCCAAGAACACACCCUAUGGACAACAGAGGAUCCAGGAAUAACCUGUUCAGGAUGAAAAUGUGUAAAUAGAACAAGGUAUACAGUAAAGAGUAAGGCUUCACUCACCAGGAACCUAGAAAUCUCCUUCAUAAAAUUCCUAGUUACAGGCACGCUUACAUGCAUGCUUAAACAGUUGUUUAACAGCAUAUGUAUGAUCACUCCAUCUCCCCGUUCUGCCUUUGUCAUUUAUUUAGUCUUUCACUCAACAAAACCUUUAUUGAGUGUUGAUUAAGAACCAGGAAUUAUUUUCGACACACUAGAGAAUAGAAAAUAAGUCAGUCACAGAGUAUUCUCCACUUGAUUUGAUUCCCAUAGUCUCCCUUGAGUCAAUCAGAACACAAAACUCCUGUUAUAUAUGUACCUUUUGAAGCUCUUGUUCCCACUCUUCCAGUUGAGACAUUGACUCCAUCUUCCUUCUGUGCCAUGGAGAACCCGGGUGCUAAGGCUUCCAGGCCCAGUCCAGCACAGCAUUUAUUAAGCCCACACUAUGGGGAAGGCACUGAUCUGGGGGCAUGGUCCUUAGAUUCAAGGGAUUUACAAUCCACUGUCCUUGUACUAGUCAGCUAGGGCUACUAAGUAAAAUGCUGCAGACUGAGCCACAACUUGAACAAACAGAAAUUUAUUUUCUUGUUAUUCUGGAUACUGGAAGCCUGAGAUCAAGGUGCCAGCAAACUUGAUUUCUUCUGAGACCUCUGUCCUUGGCUUGUAGACUGCUACCUUCUCCAGGCAUCUUCACAUGGUCCUUCCUCUAUACCUGUGUCCAAGUUUCCUCUUCCUAUAAGGACACCAGUCAUAUUGGAUUAGGGCCUAUCCUAGUGCCUCCAUUUAACCUUAACUACUUCUUUCAAGACUUUGUCUCCAGAUGCAGUCAUAUUCUGAAGCAUUAAGAGUUAGAUUUUGGGGUCGGGGAUUUAGCUCAGUGGUUUCACCGACUGCUGCGCAAGUGCAAGGACCCGAGUUCAAUCCCCAGUACCAAAAAAAGAGUUAGAUUUCGGAGGGACAUGAAUCACUCCAUAACUCACAGGCAAUUGUGGAGACUUGGCAAGUCCAAAAUCAUCAAGGCAGACCAGCAAGCUGGAGACAGGAGGAAAGCUAUAAGUUUGAGUCCAGAGGUAGUCCAUUGGCAAGAUUCCCUUUUCUGGGAGUUUUAAAACUAAGGUCUUCAACCAAUUGUAUGAAGCCUGCCCACAUUAUGGAGAGUCACUCAUUCUACUCAAAGUCUACUGAUUUAAAUAUUGAACUUAUCUAAAAAAAUACCUUUACAGAAACAUCUAGGACUGACCAAAGACUGAGUCCUUCACCUAGCCACAGUGGUGCAUGAAGUCCAGCAUCGUAGUCCUGAUGGCUCCUUAGCAUUCCUUCUUGCCACAGACACUCAUUCAGAAGGAGUAGAAGAGUCCGAUCACCUGGCACUGAGGAACUAAUCAACUCUGGCCCAGAUUCUCCAGUAACCAAGUCUAUAGUAAUUAUCCUAUCUCAUGUCAGUUCCAGUGAUCUCAAGCCUGAAUUAUAAGGUCAGAAUUCAAGCCUUUCACAAGAUAUCCUUCCCUUUUAUUUGACUUUCUUGGUUUCUCACUGUUUCCUACCACAGUAUUCAGUGCAGUCAAGCUAGCCUGCUUCUGAUCCUCCUCGGGAAGGGUUUUUCCAGCCAAGCCUCUACUUCUAUUUGACAUAUUCUUCUUUUGCUUCACCAGUCUCUAUAUCAACUCUGUCUCAGAGCCCCGCUCAAAACAGCCUUAUUCUCCCACCAUUUUCACCUGAUCACCCCUGGUUUCUAUCUUUGUUGCUGCAUUAACUUAUAUCUUUCUUCUUUUGAAUGUUUUAUAGCCUCUUUUUAUAUGUAUGUGUGUGCAUGCGUGUGUGUGUGUGUGUGUGAGAGAGAGAGAGAGAGAGAGAGAGAGAGAGAUGUCAUAAAGACCACACAUUACAGUAGUUGCACUGUUUUCUCUUUUUAGUUUAGCCCCCAUUUCCGCUCAGGUGUGUGGCAUUUUGCCUAUGAUGAUUUUGCAAUAGCAAUAGCAAAGCAACUCAUUCUAGCUUGCUCCUGACAGUGGACAUGUAUCUGGUGUGUUUCCGCAAGUCUGAGGGAUAAAAUCUACUCAAAGUCAGAUACCCAGUUCCUGGGCAUCUGUGUACCCCAUCUGCAGGGUAGUCUUCAGAAGGCUGGUGGGCACAAGGACACAGUGGGCUGUGAGACAAUCACCAGGCCCAGUGCUGCCAAGACAAGACACAAAAGUCCUAAGCUGUUUGCAAGGAACUUUUUCGGGCACUAAAAUUGCUUUUUAAAAAAAUCUUCCCCCCUUCUCCCCCUGAAGAAAUAGAAUUUAAAUUCAAACAGCCUUUACCUGCAUCCUCCCUCUCUCAUUACCUCCCAGUUAGUGCUCGACGCCAAUUGUCCAUGAAAUUCCACUGCUGCUGUUAAUGAAAUGAGGAACAUAAGAAGUUUGUGAACAGGAAGUAUCCAUGCAAAGCUCCACCUGUUUCCUUCUUCACUUCCUAUUUUCUACCAGCAGCCUCCUCUGCCAUGCCGUGCUCAGUUAGUUUCUAUAUUGAUUUUGGCUUUCUUACUUCCUCCCCCAGAUAAUAGAGAGGGAAAGGAGGGAAAGAGGAAAAGUCCUGCAGUGAACACUUUGCUAUUGUGUCUCCCUCAUUCCUGACUGCUUAUUGGAAAGAGUACCAGAUUCACAUUCAGGAGACCUGAUUCUGGCCCUAGUUUCAUCACUAUUUACUCAGAGGAACUUGAACUUAACUUCUCACACUUCUAUCUACUUUAUCUGAAAUUGAGGCUGUUAAACUUACUCUAUCCAUAUCACAGAGUGUAUGAGAUCAAAAUCAAGCAAAGUAUUUUAGAGCAUUUUGAAAAGCAAGUAAUGUAUCACAAAAUAAACA